AUGGAAUCUGCAAAUUUCGAAGAUCGCUGCGCGAAUACCCCUUUGGGCAUGAAUGAUUUGGACAAGUGGUUGGAUACUCUCGCGUCAGAUUGUGUGCCGCGUUUUACCGAAUGGAUGUCACGCAUGGAGCACUGGCUGACCAACUUGGAUCCAAACGUGCAACGGGUUGCAUUGAUCACCUCAGGCGGUACACUGGCUCCACUUGAGUCCCAUGUUGUUAGGUAUAUCGACAAUUUUAGCACCGGUUCUCGUGGAGCAAGUUCAGCCGAAUAUUUCCUGAAACAUGGAUACGCUGUGGUAUUUUUUCACCGAAUUGGAUCUUUGCUGCCUUAUAUGCGUAAAGUCAAGAAAUACUUAGACAGUACUCUAUGUACGAACCUCGACGGAUCAACAGGCCCGAAUUAUUCCUCCGGUUCAACUUAUUUGGAUAUUUUCCGGUUAGAUCAUACUGGUCAUAAUGUCUGCCUUACGGAUGCGGUCUCAGCUGAUUUAGCACCAAUCAUUACGGAAUAUAUGCAAUUUAAAUCGCGUCUUCUGCUGCUCCCGUUUGAGACGGUAGAAGAUUAUCUGGUCGGUCUGCGUGGGAUUACCAAGCGCUUGGAUCAGUUUCAAACCCACGACUCUGCCAACCGGAAUCGUUUGUUCUGCUGCUAUUUGGCCGCUGCUGUGUCUGAUUUCUUUAUUCCUCAUGACCGUCGCCCUUUGCACAAAAUUCGUUCGCAGACAGAUGCCCCGAACGCUCGUCUAGUUUUAGAUCUCUAUCCCGUGCCAAAAUUGCUUCGCAAUUUGGCGUGUUCAUGGGCACCUUUGGCAUUCCUUUGCAGUUUUAAACUUGAAACGGACCACGAAACGUUGCUAUCUGUGGCUUCCAAUCGUCUGCUCAACAAUCGCUCGCAUCUGAUCGUGGCAAACCAGUUAGACACUCGGUCCCGUGAGGUGUGGCUCAUGCAUCGACUGAACGCAGGACGUGAACUGACCGUGGAACAUCUCACGCUCGAUUCACACCAGACCCCGGAAGAUUUGGAACAACUGCUUGUGACCCGGCUUGUCGCGAUCCACACCACGCUCGAGCAAUGA